AGUGAUGGGAACAUGCGACUACAGUCGCGUGUUGAUCUCGCACUGCGUCUUUGCGAACACGAUAAUAUCCGUUCAUACCUUCCGUUUCCUGAACGUACUAUAUACGUGAAGUCGUGAAGAAACAAAACAUUAAAAUAAAAACCGUUAAAAUUGUAUAGAUAUUAAAUUAAUAACAUUUUUAAUUAUAUAGUUCAUUAAAGCAAAUGUUCAAGUGUAUGAAAAUUAAGAAAAAUACAUAUUCUGCAAAUGUGUUUAUAAUCUCACAUCACUUUUUUUAAUACCUAUCCAAUAAUUAAAUCAAAAUGGCAAUGGAAUUGUUGGACAUGAAUGAAGAUUGGAAACUGGCUAAUAAACUAAGAAUUGAAGAUUCUGAACAAUUUUACACUUUGGUUCGAAUGCAUUUGUCAUUUAUACUGGAAUCCAACAUUAAAGAAGGGGAUUGUUCAGUUGAAGAAAAAUCAAAAAUUAAACCUAUUAAAUGGUCUUUUAUGAAAAAAGAUAAAUGUUCUGUGAAAGGUGUAAUGGAUGGAGCACCAAUCACUCAAGAAGGAAUUUGUCAAGUAUAUCAACUUAUUGAUUUCUUGUCCAAAGAAGAAAAUAUCAUGCAAGAAGGUAUCUUUCGUAGAAAUGGUUCAAUCACUCGACAACAAGAACUGAAAUCACUUUUAAACCAAGGACAAACUUUAGAUUUAUACAACGGACAGUUUACUGUGCAUGAUUGUGCAACUGUUUUAAAAUCGUUUUUAGCUGAACAACCUGAGCCAAUAAUGACAGAAGCAUUUUACCCAGCAUAUUGUCAAAUAUCAGAAUUCUGUCAAAAAAUGGAGAUUAACAAUAAUAGUCAACGUUUACUGAGAGCGUUACAACUUUURCUGUUGUUAUUGCCAUUUGAUAAUUUAGUAUUACUAAAAGAUAUCAUAAAAUUACUUCACUUUACUGCUAAACAUUCAGACAAGAACAGAAUGCCGCCAGACAAUUUAGCAACAUUAUUUACUGGUCACUUAAUUGUUCCAAGAAAGUUACCAGCAGAAGAACUUUAUCAAAUAACUCAAAAUCUAUCACACAUUGUCAUUUAUAUGAUUAAAUUAGGAUUUGAUUUAUUCAAAAUCCCACCAAAUUUAUCAGUUGAUAUUAGAGCUUAUUGGUCCAAAAAAACCUUGAAACCUGUUAAGGAGGAAGGUACAGUUGCUACUACAGUGUUUUCAUUCACUGACCGUACAACUACCACCAAAGAAAAUGAAGAAAACCCAACAGUUAAAGCAUUGGCUGAAUUAUAUGCUCAUGUACAUAAUCUACCAGAAUCUGCAGAAAAGCGUAGAAUGUUUAUUAAACGUGUUAGCAAUCACAAUUCUGUUAUUACACCRAAUAGAAGUCUUACAAAUUCUAUCAAAAAACACAUUUUUAAAAAAGGAUCAAAGUUUAAACAAGGUUCAGUGAAAUCUGAAGAACGGCAGCAAUUAAAACUUGCAGAAGAAAAAUCCAAAUCAUCUACAACUACUUCAGAUAAAGAGAAUAAAGAUGAUUCAUUUAAAAUUAAGAAGAAAGGUGCAAAAAAAUUACCAAUUAAAGAAAUUAAGUACUCAAAGAUUGAAGACCAUUGUUCACCCAAACUCRAUCUUGAUACACCAGUGGAUUGUUUUUCUACACCUAAUGUUGUUAAACGUAUUAAACGUUGUACUAGUACUCCAUCUGCUGUUACCCCACAGCAGCAACACCCUAAUGAUGAUAUGUCUCCAAUUACGCAGUCAGCACAGAAAAUGACCAAAUCUAUGCAGGAAACCAUGAUGACUCCAAGAAGUCGAAAACCAGUAGUAGCAUUAUCAAACUCAAAUAUUCAUAAAAUGAAACCUUGUAACAGUGAUUCAAGUAUUUCAAAUUUGCCAAGCCGACAGAGUCUAAACUCUGUAUCAUCUAAUCCUUACUAUUUAAUGACUUCUGGAGAUUCACUAUCCAGUUCUUUUCGAGAUUAUUUAUUCAGUCAAAGUGUUCUGACUGCUAGUCCAGUAGAUCUCAGUUUUGGUGAUACCAGCUCAUCAUCCACACAAUCAUUACUUUCUGAUUUGGAAGAUGACCAAUUGCAAUUUUCUAAAUGUACCUCGUCAACAGAAAGUUUACCAAAAAGAAAACGUUUAACUAGUGAAAACUUUAACGAAACAUUGCUGUGAGAUAAUUGUAUAAAUAUUAUGUUAAAUUGUUUUUAUUUAUAUAUAAUUAGAAAAUGUAUAUUUUCUUCAUUUUUGUG